GCAUCAGCGCUGACGUGAGAGCGACGCGCGGCUCCGCCCGGCCCGAUCCCCCCCACCCCCCUGUGACGGGGGCAGCACGUACAGGGCGGCGGAAGAAUAUGUCUUGAUAAGAUGUUCUCCUUGUCCUUUUAUCUGUGGACAAAAAGUGCUAAAAGGUUCACACCUCUUGAGACGGAUGACCAUGGAAAUGGUUGAAUCACAACAGGAUGAUAACGCAGUGGAUUCUAUGCCAGAUAGAGACGUUGUUCACAAUCGCAGUCAGCCAGACAAACAUGAGAUUUCCUCAGCAUCUCAGGUAGCAUCGGUUGCAGAUGACUCUGCAGAAUCGGAAGGGAUAACUGAUACUCAGAAACGUAGGGAAAUACUUUCAAGAAGGCCUUCAUACCGAAAAAUUUUGAAUGAACUCUCUUCAGAUACUCCUGCAAUCCCAAGGAUUGAAGAAGAAAAGUCAGAAGAAGAAGGACCUGGAAUUUCUCCACUGUCCAUUCCAAGCAGCCUGUAUCAUUCUAGCACAGGGCAAUUCAUUACUAUAACUCCAGGUGGUACAAUCCAGAUUUCUAAUCCAUCUUCUGAUGGUACCCAGGGACUGCACACGUUAACAAUGACAAAUUCAGGAGCUCCUCAGCCAGGUGCUACCAUUGUGCAAUACGCAGCACACUCAUCUGAUGGUACACAACAGUUUUUUGUUCCUGGAAGCCAACUUGUUGUUCAAGCUGCCACUGGAGACAUGCCAUCCUACCAGCUUCGGACUCCCACUACUAACUUACCUCAGGGAGUGGUAAUGGCAGCCUCACCAGGGGCUCUGCAUAGUCCUCAGCAACUGGCAGAAGAGGCAACGCGCAAGAGAGAGCUGCGGCUUAUGAAAAAUAGGAGGCCUUGUUCCUGACUCUCUGAAGGAAUUUGGAAACUAACUGGAAGAAAACUUUGGAAAGUACACACAAAUAUACGUGAAUAUUUUUUCAAAUAUAAUUUCUUGUUACUUGGAGGAAACGCUCUGUUCAAGAAUGUCUUCAACCUCCUGGACAGGUAGGUGAUGAGGAAUGCAGUAGUCAGCUUCCUCUUACAUGAGAGUUUUGAGUCACAGCUGUGUUCUUCCACAUCUGAACAGGGAGGUGGGUGAAUAGAGUUAGAAAUCUCUAGGCUUCAUGGCAGAGCUCUCUUGGCUUGCUUGAGCUGUUGCGAGUUGGGAAAAUUGGAAUUAAAAUCAGCAUAUUGCGUGUGUAGGUGCGGGCUUACAGUUCUUACUUAUUUAUUUUGAGUUGUUCCUUCCCAUGGAUUUUGCAAGAUCUGUUUGCAGUGUAAGUAUCUCCUUGCACUGAUAAAGCCUAGGGACUGCAUGCUUUGUCAUCCUUCCCUUAUUUAUCUGUGGAUUUCCCUCCAUUUUCAAAGCAAUGCUGAUUUGUACUAUUAGCCUACAGACUAGUGUGAUAGCAAAAUCCAAUGUGAUGCUUUUUCUGAAUGGAGCAUCACUACAAAAAAAGCAGCAGCUGUUAUGGGUUGCCUCAUGUUGCAACAGUGCUUCUCACUUCAAGUUUUGUGCUUGGUUGCAUUUUAGUUGUCAGUGUUCCCAUAUAAAAUACGUUCUUUUGGGGUAACAGACUUCAUUUAAUUGAGAACUUUUAAGGUGCUAUGAGGCUCUUCUAGAUGAGGCAUGACAGAGAUUUAUUCCUGCAGAAGUUAUACUAGUUUGAGUUUGGGCUUAAUUUAAAAGCUGAAGAAAAUGCAAUAAUUACUUUCAGGGCAGACUGGCAAUGCCAGGUAGCAAAAAAUCACUUUAUUCUUCUAUAUGCAAUGAAUCUUUUCUAAUCCUUUUGCUUAAGUUUCUGGGUUUUUGUUUUUCUUUAUCAUUUUGCAUAUUACAAAGCAGGUGUCUGUGUGCACGAAGUUGUGGAGAGACAGAAUAAUGCGAGAGCUGAAUUCUAGACUAAGGAAAAAAUAACUUCAUUGUAUUAUGUAUGACUUGAAUGGAAAAACCAGAAGAGGAAGUGUCUUUGUUACGAUAACUGCUGAGUUUUUUCCUCUCCUAUAAUAGCGCUAUCCGUGUAGUCAGCUGUGAUUAAUAUGUCUUGUGAAUGGAAUAACUAUAAAAAUGUCCCAGUUCAGGAGUCUCGGUAACUAGCCAAGCUAUUGUUUUUACUUUGUUGUUUCAAAUAUACAACUUGAAAUGGUCUUGAAUUUGGCCUUCAGUGGAUUUGCUUUGUAUGAUUUUAUUGAAUUUUUUUCAAACAUGGCUGAAUCAUAGCAGGUAAAACCUGCACCAGGGUUGUUUAACAGGACCAGUCUGUAAGGAAAACGAGGUAGGAAGAAGCCUCUGACUGAUAUGAAUGUAUAAUAAUGUAAGUUCCACCUGGAAAAAGGCAGUGUCUAAUAGGAAUAAUAGAAGACUAAGACCUGUUGUUCUAUCCAGCGGCUACUCCUGUAAAGCUUAUUUAUUUUGUAAGGUCUUUACCAAGUUUCUAGUUUUCUUUAAGUCUUGCAGUAGGGAGAGAUGUGUGAAUGCUUUUGAAUUCAGUGUGUGUUUGGGUUGACGUUUGAGUUUUGAAGAAUCAAAUUUGCCAAGAUGUUAGCUGUACAUAAAAAGCUUUCAGAAUUUUGUCAGCUGCUGUACAAAGAAAAUACCUGAGUUCUUUCGUACCUGCCUCUUCGCUUCUGAGGCUGUCAGUUGCUUCAAAGGUCCGGAACUGGGCUUGGAACUGCAGCCUUCUUGACACAAAUAGCCAACUAAAAUCUUUGAGAACUUCAAAGUAGACUUUCUCCUGCUUCUCUCAUUUGAGGCAUGACUUAUUUAGCUUUUUUUUCUGAGGCUUGUCUACUAGGAACAGAAUUGAUGUAAAAUAUGAACAGAGAGAAGGGGGAAAAACAGGAGAGUGAAUGAAGUGUUGGAAAGCUGCAGUAUUACAGAGUAAGACAGAUGUUGUCAAUUUGCACGUUAGAUCUUUUUUGCUUGGGUCUUUUUUCUUCAGUGUAAGAGCAUAGGUGGUUUGGGCAGGGAUCAGAGUUCUCCUGUAUGGAGCAUAAUAUGAGAAUCAUUAACAGUUCAAAUUGUUUUCAGUUUCUUUUCUUUUCUAGAAUCAAGUGUAAAUUAUGAGCUGUAGCUGAUGCCGUUCAUGUGAACAGAUCCAUUCCAUAUGCUCGUUGUCCUUUCUCCUAAAUGUCUUUCAUUUCUUUGAGAUAUUCGUCUAAUGCUAGCACUCAUGUUUGUGUUUGAUUUCUUCCAGUAUGUUUUGAAUGUGAUGGUCCAUUUCAAUUUAACAGAUGCCUUGAGGAUGUCUCAGAAGUUCCCUGAAAACAGGUGGCUGCCAAAGAAGGCAGAUGCUGUUCAUGGACCUAAUGAAAGAAAAGCUGCAAAGUAAGCUGUGUUGGAUAUAAGAAAAUCUAAUUGGAGUUUUCUUUCUUCUUAGAUUGCAGAGAACUAAUCCACUGAUUGCAGGUGAACUGUAAUGCUAUUAGUCUUAUUGCUGACAAUCAUUUCUAUUUUGGGGAGAUACUCAGAUUCUGUGGAAUACCACAUAUGUGUUCAAAAGUAAAACGUGUCUGUAAACAAAGCUUUUUUUUAUUUAAUAAAGACAUUAACAAUUUAGGUCUGCAAAGCAUCUGUGUCUAAAAGUCUUCUUUGGCAAACUAGAGUUGGCUUUGUAAAGAAGCAAGGAAAUUUACCCUGAUUAAAUACUUCCUGAUUGCUCUCCUGCAUUUAAACAGUUUGUGACAAUUGUAUAAACUUCAGCUAGGCAAGUAGUGAAGUAAAAUAAACUGACUUGGAAAUCAUAGGAUCUUUAAGGUUGGAAAAGAUCUAAGAUCAUCUAGUACCGAUACACUAACAAGAAAAAGUACCCGUUGUCCUUACAGCGUUGCAUUGAAAUAGCUUUGAGUAGAGAAAGUUUGGUAGGGUGCCCUGUUAGAUGCCCAGUGCAGAUUUAGCUGAUCUUUUGGGUCAGAGCUGGAAACAGAGGCUGUUGAGUUUUUUCAGCUGUUUUAGGCUGACACCUUGUGGAGUAUGUGUGUCUGUACUUCAUUUCCAAGGAAUGAAGCUGUCAAAAAGCAUUACAGGAAUAGGAAGCUUCUUGUAUCCGGGUGUUUGUGGGGGGAGGAGGGGAGGUGAAUGAGGUUUACUACAGUAAAAAGUGUUCUGUGGUUGAGAACAACAACUCCAGAGAAUAAUCAGGUAGUCGUUUAGUAUGUAAAAAUACCGUAUUGACAAAUUUUCAACUUCUAGAGUCUUUCUGACUGUUAGUCUCAUUAAAUGAAAGCUAAAAUGGUAAUUUGUUCUUGGUUACAUUCAGUCUAAUAAUCAUGGAAUGUUAUCUAAAUAUGUAAUCAGUGUUGCAAAUUCUGCUAUUGAAGCAGAGCAGCUACUAGUUCUGAACUGGGAAAAUGAAAUAUAAUAAACAAGCACAUUUUGAAACAUAAUAGUAUGAGGGUAAAAAGGAGUAACUUCAUUUCCAUUUUAGUGCACGGUAAUCUGGGCAAAUGGGAAGAUCAUUCUGGGAAUGGGAAAAGAGGAGGUAUUAAAAAAAGGAAUACAAAAAAUGGAAGAAGAUAAAGGCAGUGAUGAAGAAAGGUCGAAUAGAUUGCUCUUAACUGAUCCUAGUUGCUGACUUCUGCGUAACAGUCAUGAAUACAGACAAUUCCUAUGGUCACAUCAUCCCAUUUCCAUGAGGCUCUCUGUAUGCUUAGGUUAUACAGAACUGUGUGGUGAAGUUUUCCCAACACUCCUAUGAGGCCUAAACAGAUUCUAAAUGAUUUUUUACUUUUUAAUUUUUUAAGCCUUAUUAAAGAGGAUGAGCUAUGUACGUGAGUUUUGAUCUCAAGCUGUGGAACAGCAAGUGCAUUUCUGUGUGGUGUGGUAAGAUAAUGGGUAUGAAACAGAAAGAUGACAUGGUUUCUGAAUGGUUGUUAUGAAGAGAUUCAUUUAAAUAAUCUAAUUGACAAAGCAGUUGUGAAUACCAUGUAAUUUCCAGUCAUAAAUGUAAGGUUAACUCACAGAAAUGUCAUCUGACAGUUUGUUUUAGUUGAGAUCCUAGUUGAGGUUGAUAUCUACUGUCACUGUACUGCAAGACUGCAAAACCCAUGAAGUUGAGUUGCUGUCCCAGUUGUUUUCAGCGUAGCUCAGUUAGCCAGCAUUAGAUCUGGAUGUAUGUCUGUUCCCUGGAUUUGAAGUAUUUUGGAGGUUAAAAAAACUGUGCUCAAGCAAAUGCUGAGCAUCAUCUUUUACUGUUGAAGUAGAUCAGGCAGUUUCACACACAAAGCCAUUCUGUACAUGCUCCUGUUCCUGAAGGAAAGAAACAAUUGCUCCAGUUCUUUGCCCAUCAUUUUAGCUCUAGAAAUGCUUACACUUUCCUCUUGGUCUCCUGCAUCUACCAUUAGUGUCCUAAGGAUUGGAAAUGGAUUUUCACUCAUAACACAGCUGUGCUCUUCACUCCUACUAACAGCAGAGGUCUCACUGUCCUAAUCCAGAACAAGGGAGGGGAGAGGGGAAAGGACUAUUACAGCUACGUACAGCGGUGUCUGCAGGUGUCAGGUCACAGCUGUGUUACACUUCUACCACUUCCCCUUAAAUAAAUCUUUGACAACGGAACCUCUGCUUUCUACUUGAUAUUUGCCUAAAACCAAUUAAAAGAAGCUUUUAAAAGUUGCUCUCAUUGCUGGAGGCAUCUCUUCCUAUCGGUUCCUUUUAGUUUCUUUUUUAAAGACUUCCAUGAUGGCUGUUGUAGUAGAAUUUAAUGACCCAGAUGGCUCUAGAUGCUAACGUGUAAGUUUGAAUUUCCUGAGUAAGGUGGUCUGCUUCUGCCUUUGGCAGUGAGGUUUGUCAUGCUUUAUCUUAUGUGCUUGAUGAAUGGGAGGUCACAGAGAGCUUUUUCAAGUGUCCAGAUGUAAAGUAAAGACAUAAGCUGAAAUUGGAGGGUAUAGGAAAAACUUCCGCUCAGCAAAACGGGCAUCCUCAUAAUACAAACACUGAGGCCAUGCUCUAUAGUUUCGCAGAAGACAUUUAUUGAUGCCAGAGCAUUUCUUUACCCACCCCUCCAGCCCCUGUAAAGGUUUUCUAAAUAGUAAGUUCAAGCCUUGUAGGCAGUCUGUAAUGAGUCUGAAAGAAUUGAUUUGCAGCAGACUAUGUAAAAAUUUGCAUUCAAAUGCUUACCUCUGCUGAAAUUUUAAGAAACUAAAACUAGGGCUCACGUGCAUUUAUUGUGCACUGUAUGAAGACUUGAUAUAUUUAGGACAGAGGAAGAAAUCAUUGAAAGUGGCAACAUAAACUUAAGUUUUGGUUAGGAUAUUGGUUUCAUUUUACUUAUCUGAAUUACCUUAAGAAAAAAUCUUAGUAUACAAAAUAAUGUUUGACUGAUUUGUAAUGAUUUAUGUAAUUGAAUGAGAGGAAUUAUGUAUAUAUGGAGUAAAAUAUGAGUCAGUCAGUGACCUUACAGGCCAGCACAAUGGUUACAAGCCACUUUUAAAAUGUUUCUUUUGUAGGAUGUUGGACAGAUGCCCAGCAAAAGUGAAACAGUGGAAUUUCUGAUAUCAGAGUAACUUAUUAAAGUAUAGAGAAAUGUAAAAACAGCAGCAUGGUUUUCAAUUACAGGCUUGAUCAGGAAACUAAACUAUCAAAUGAGUGAAAUCUAUAAGCACAAUGGCUCUGAGUCUUCACCAGUAUAAUGUAAAAUAAAAUACAUGCUAAAAUACAGGUAACAUAGCUAAUAUAUCAGGUGAUACUUGCUAUUAUCAAAAUAUACUCAUCCAAAAUUGAGGUAGUCCAAUUAUCAAUCUGUUUCAGUGAAAUAACAGGGAGAUUUUCUGAAGUGCAGUCCUUAACUUUCAGAGUCUGGAAUUCUCAUGUGAAGUCCAGUUCCUUGCACUGAAUGUACAAACUGAGAGGAGAGAAGAGGACUAACUUCCCAAUAACUUAAGUUAGUGGGGAUGCAUCCUACCCCAAAGUUUGGUGUGUAAUAGAAUUUAUUGUUACCUGUGAAAAGAUCUCCCUGUAAAACAAACGAACAAACAAAAAACCCCUUACAAAACCAACAGAAACCAAAACUCUUUAAGAUUUUUUUGUUAGGGAGGGAGGUUUAAAAGUAACGUUGCACAAUGUACAAAUUGUAUAUGGCAAUAAAGUUCCUCAGUUCUCUCAUUUAACCCAAAUAGUUUUAUAGUUUAUUUGGAUUCAGAUGACAACGUCAAAAGUUGUGUUAUUCACAUGAAUUACAUGAAUUAAUAAUCAGUACAGAUCUGAAAGCGUUUGAAGCUAUUUUUGUCCUUGUUUGCAGUACCACUUGCCACUGCUGCUGGCAGCCUUUGGACAUGUGAUUACUUCUCUGUGCAGACAGAAACCUCUUUAUUAUCCUUUAAAUCUUUAAAUGUUUGUGUUCUAUUUUUUCAGUAACACUCAAAAAAAUUCUUUGCUUACUGUUAAGUUAUGGAUGCUGUUUCUGCAGUGUUCUAUGACCUAUGCAGUCCUGGCUGGAGUCCAGAGAUUGCCUUGUUCUCUUGCAGUUUCUAUGUGUUUUCCUUUGCACCUUCCCAUGCUGCUCACGUAUGUGAUAUAGCAGGUUGGAAUUGAAUUGAUUUGCAGUAUUAGGAAUGAUAGCAAAGUCUUUUAAUUGGUGAUGGCCAGGAUAUAUGGAUGCAGAAAUACAAAUCAGUUUGUUCAAAUAGACCGGUAUGAAAUUCUCCAUGAAAUUAAGUUAGAUGUUGGUAAAAUAAAUUAAAUGAAAUACAUAAUAGGAUUCCAAAAUAUUUGCAUUAAAUAUAGGACUCCAAGCUACUUAGUGAGAUUGCAGUGGAAAUGGUGAUGAUAAUAGUUUAAGAAAGUGAGCUCCUUCAUUGCCCGAGAGAGAGGUACGUACAGUCCUCUCAGAAAACCCCACUGACAAAAUCUGUCUGUACCUGCAACCCAUCAGCAACUCUAAACUUUCUUUGGCGAUGAUUUUAUCUGUUUUAUAGAAGAAAUUUGUUAGUGACAACGACAUCUGCCUCCUGCUGUGUCUGGCUUAAAAUCACAUUUGGUUUGUAAUGGACUAAUGCUUUAUCUCUCCAAUAAAGAAAAAAAAAAAUGCUCCAAAGCAAGCAUACAAUGCCAUGAAAGCUUUUCACUUACAGUCUGAGAGGAUGCAACCCCAGAAUGGAUAUAACAACAUUAGACUUCCCUGUGGUACCUUCUGUUGGCUUCUUCUGACCUGAAGACACCAGUGGGUCUGGUUUACGGCUUUUCCUAUCUCUUAAAAUGUGCUGAAUAAGAUGAACGCAAUGUCCUUUUCUUGGAGACUGACUUCAUAAACAACAAUUAACUUGCAGGAAGUGCGUUAUGGCAUCGUAUGUUAAUGAUGUUAUCUGUAAAUGGACAAUACAUGGAUAAGACAGUCUAAAUAGGGCAAGGCAGAAUCUUAAAUCUAUGAGCCUUCAAACUAGUUCCUCUAGUAUCAACCAAAUUCAUCAAGUUAUUGGAUGACUCACCUCUAAAUCGUACAUCAGAGCUGAAUUCCUGAUGCCUUUUUUCGCCUGAAUUUCCUGUGCUACGUUUGGGGAUGAUUACCUUUCAAAGCAAAUUGUGUAAAUCACGCUGGAGUUCUGCUGAGCUCGAUGCUGAGUGAACAACGCACAUCUUUACAUGCAGGAGCUUCAGCUGAGAGCAGUGUUCUACUGUUGGUUGGUCUUACAUCUUUUAUAGGGCUAUCAUGAAAAACAGGAAUCCAAGUUGUGCAGUACUUUUCUGUUUCAGGCCUCUCCAAGGUUGAGAGAGAGAUGGGGUCUGUGUUUGUUCAGACCAAGUGUUUGAGUGUGUUUGUUCCACAGUCAGGUUAGGUUUUGUGCCAUCAGAAUCUGGUCACGUCAUUCUUAGGCUGUCCUUGAAAAAUAAAAAAUAGGGAAAAAAAAAAAGCAAAAAAGGAGAAAUAUUCUUAAGAAAUAGAGACAUGUUAAAACUGAGCAGUAAUUGAUAAAGAGCAAGGGGUGGAUAGCCCUGCUUAAUUCUGCUCAGUUUAGGUCUGGCCAAAGCUGUAGGGUUGUUGGGGUUCUCCAUAGUGACUGACUUAGUGAUUCAGUUUUUAGUGAUGUGGUAUUCUAUAGGGCCCCUAGUACAUUUACUGCUUAAGCCUGUAUGAAAGUAGGAGGCUUGCAGUGUGACACUUAACUUGGUGCUUAUGGAUGCUGGUUCUGCAGUUCUUUUAUUUUGAUGUCUUUUUUUUUUUUGACAUCCUCCUGUCAGUGGUCGUGCAGGUGAUUAGCAGUAUGGGUCGAACUGAAAGAGUCUGUGAGCUGUGACACUCCAGAUAAAUAAUAGAAAAUGUUAGCAUUUUCCAUCAAAGUAAUGUAUAAAAGUUCCAACCCUAAACCAAACCACUAGGCCAACAUGUAUCUCAUUAGAAAUAGUAGCCACCACAAUUACGCGUGCCUUGUCUAUGAGUCCCAUACAAGUUACAAAUUCUUAACAUGUCUCAGUUUGAAUAAUAGGAAAAAUUAUGAAACAGAGAAAAUACUGUGUUAUUGUUACAGAUAUGCCAAUAUAUUUAAACAGAGAGAUGAAUCUUAGUGACAUUACUAUGGACAAAGAUAACGAACGUUGAGGUUAUGGACUCGAGUUGUAUAAUUGUAUAAGCAAACGUGUAUCAUUCAAACACAUACAGUUCCAACACUGCAUUUAAACAGCUUUCAAGUUCUAAGGGGCAUCCAUGAACAUAUGAACUGCCAAAUCGUUCCAAAGAGUUUUGCUUUGUAAUUUUGUACCAAAUUCUGCAAUUCAUGUAACUCACCCAUUGCAGACACAAAAGAAGCCUUUUUAAUUGUGCUUUUUUAAUUUAAUAAAUAGAUCUUGCUAUCUUAGAAGUUCUGUAAUGAAAUGUGCAUGUGCUUGUAUGCGGAUAUUCUGUCCUGUGUUAUACAGAUUGCUUGUCUGUUUUUAAGAACAGUUUUGAGGAGGUCUGUCUUCUACAUUUUGAGACAAGCAUACUAUAAAAAGUAUAAUUUUUAGUCAUAUUUUAUAAUAUGCUUUCACGUGCCUCGUUAGUACUUAAAAAAUUGUCCAAGUAUGGGUCAGUUCAAUGUUCAUGGAAUGUAAAAUUCUAAUAUUUCUAAAUCCCUUUCAGUUAAGUGGCUUUACAGUAGAGGAACAAACUCAUCAUCAAAUCAGUUGUUUUUUUUAGAACAGUGACACAUCCUAAACUACACUGCAGUAAUCUUGGCCAGAGAAAAUACCUGUUCUAAUGUAUGCAUUUAGUGUCCUGUGGCACAGCUUCAGUGAUAUUUGAUAAAGUAAAGGAUAGAGCUCUUCUAGGAGAAGGCAUUUGGAAAAAUAUUAACUGAGCGGCUCCAGAAAAGGGUAGCAUUAACUUGCAAGGAAAGGCAAAAAGAUAGAACAUUAUUCGAGAUAAAGCUGUCUUCAUUAAUUACAUUCUCAUAAAUGGGAAGUCUAAUUCAAACUGAUCAGAUUGUUGCCAAUAUUAGUCAGCAAUUUCCUGUAGAUAUCGCUGCGCUGAGUUUCCUGUUUAACUGUAGAUUUCUAGAUGCUAUGGAAGAUGAUAAACUCUUCUCGACUGCAGGGUGGUGAAAAUACAUAUUCACUUCUAAAGAGUUUGAAAAGUGUUACUGCACUUGUAUUAAAAAUUAACUGUGAAGGAGUCUUUUCAACAUUUCACUGUUUAGGACAAUUGAACAAUAGUAUUACUGUGUUUUUGUAACUUCUUGGUUUUAUUUCACUUUUUUAGGAUAGUCUAUUCUUCAUUUUACCAUAUGGUCCUGUUCUUUAUCAGCUUUACUUCUUGUCACUUUUCACUCUGUGAAACGGAUUCACAGACAUCCAGUGGGAAGUGUUUGUAGGUCAGUGAUUAAUUUUCCCAAGCCCGUAUUGCAGGCUCUGGUGAUUUAUACUGACUCUAUUUAUAGAGAAAAUAUGACUUUUUUUUAACCUAUGAACUUACAUUCUCACAUUGGCAUUUCUGCAAUCAAUUGAUGCAUCUUCUCGUUGAGUGAUGAUGACAGCAGAGUUAAUAGGCAGAAUGUGCUACAACAUACAGGAGUCUGUUUCAUGAUUGAUGUUGGAUACAGGCACUGUCUGCAUCAAGCAAUAUCAUGUGCACAUCAGGAAUAACACAGUAGGGUAUAGUAUCUAUGAGGACAGUAAUCUAAUCGUUUUAUUUAUUUGUUUUCCUUUUCUGUAAUAUAUGAACAUCUUGCUAUUUCCAAGUUUUAGACUUACAAAUACCCUUUGAAACAGAUGUUACUGCUGUUUUACUGAAAGAGAUCUAAGAAAUGAUGAAGGGGUUUUUGAAAGUCCUGCACACAGUCUACAGUGGAGCAGAAAAGUGAAUUCGGAUUCUCUGAAUGUGUGCAAAUCAGUGGGUUGUUACUCAAAAAUAAAGCAAAGAGUGCUGCUAUCUCCGUGAUUACGUAAAGUUUAGUACAUGAAAAAGCAGAAGGAUUUAUGGCAGAAUACAUUUUAAGCUUUCCCUUCAGAUCACUUAAGAUGUAUCUCACCAAUACCUUGCUAAUAGCAGCAGAAACAAAACCAAAGCAAGCUUUGCCUGGCUCAAGGAGGCAGCCGUCUCUUCCUUUUUCAUCUGUGGAAAUGGAAACUGAUUCUAAAAGACAUGCUGGCUUUUCCUGUGUUUGAGGAAAAUUCUUGAAUUUCCAUGCAGGAGCCUCACUUUUAAUUCCACUGGUAUUUCGUACCAUUUCAUUGAGGAAGAAAGCACUUUGAAAAUCAUAAUAGAAGUCAUUUUCUUAGUAGUUCUGUAGACCAGCCUUUCUACUCAAAAGGACGCUGAUAUCAAUGUUCAUUGGGAGUGCACAGAAUUCAUCGUUCAAAUAGAAAAUAAAAUAAAAAUCCUGCUCCAUUUAGUUGAGCAGUUUUUAAUUUUACAUUAUUUUUCAAAGGAAAGGGUACUGUCUAAUCCAUGCAGGGUUUGAGAAAGUUGAACAAAAUAUUUAUGAAGUACACACUCUAAGUGAUGCAUCUGUUGUUCUUUUGUUAAAUGCGUUAAUUUAUUGUUCUCUUCUCCAUGCUUCUAUUUUCUGUUUUUUUCCAGGCAUAUGCAUAGGGGAUUUUUCUUGAGGAGGAUGAUCUUAAGCACCCAUAUAAUUCUUAAUGUAUUCCUACAGCUAUCCACAAUUGUAGUAACCUGCUAAAAAUCAACAGAGGCUUAUGCCUGGACAAUUCGUUGAAAACCUGGACAUUUCAGGAGCUUUAAUUUUCAUACAGAGAAUUUUUUUACCUUUUUUGUUUCACCUCUUGAUUUUAAAAUUAAAUGGGGAAGGCCUAUUUUCAACUGAAGAUAGAUAUAUAGGUAAUACUUUUGAGAAUGUUUCACAUGGGCAGUUCUUGAGAUGAGUCUCUGUAGUUCACAAUAUUCAGCUUGGCUCACUGUCUCUGAAGUCUUUAACUUAUGUUAAUAUAAUUUCUUCAAACACAGCUCUCUGUUCCUUGUGUUAAAAAGGUUGAUCUUCUAGCGAGCUGUAGGCUAAAGCUUCCCUGAUGCUUUCCUUCAUAGAAAGUGCUCAGCCCAAGCAUAUGUAUGUGCUGACACAUGCUUUUCCAGUGAGCUGUACUUCUGAACACUUAAAUCCCUUGCAUAUUAACAUGUAAUAGCUCAUUACUGCACAGAUAUUUUUAAGUGCAAACUGCCAAAACUGAAAUGCAAAACUGGUUGCAGUGAGAAGCAGAUGAAAGUUUGUGGUUUCUUCUUCUUCUUCUUCUUCUUUUUUUAAUAUAUAUUUAAUAUCAACUUGAGAGAAAACAGUUCUGUCUGAAUAUGCUCACCCAAAUUUCUGGUCCAGGUUCAGAUUUUUCUCUUUGCAUAAACAAGGAGCAACUUCACUGAAAUGAAAGGAGUUAUACUUGCCUAGACCUGCAUGAAAUCAGAAAACAUUAACAGAUACCUCUUUAUAGAAUAGAAUUGGAUCUUUCACAAGCAGAGUGAAACACAGUAGCCUCUUAUUCAUACUUGGAAUAGACUCUCCAGCUGGCAAAGUGCUUUGUGGCAGCACUACCCAUUUUUACACAUUAUUUUGUUUUGUUUUGUUAGGCUUUUCUAUACAAGAGGUUUUAUUGUUUAGGAGGGAGCAUUCCCACCCUUUCUAGUAGUCAUCAAGCCAUACUAUUGGGUAAUUAUUGCUCUGUACAUGCCAGGAUCUCAGAACAAGGGAUGGCAGCCAAUCCUGAUAUGGGAAGACACACACUGGCACAAAAAAAACUAGCCUCAGAGACGAUGAAGAGAGAAAAACAGAGAGAGACUGUAUGGGAUUGUGCUCUGUCUGCUGUGACAGUGGUAUCAGAGGCAAUGUUGUUUUUCCCCAGUAGUUUUCCAAUAUAGUUACUCCAUUCACUAAUGAAUUAAGAGUAUGUGAAAUUAUGCCAAAGCUAAUCCAGUCAAAUUCCACCCAGAUGGUUAAAUCCAAUUGCCUGUGCCUUCCCCCACAGUGCAAAAGCUUCCCUGGUACAGUUUGCUUGCUUACUGCUUCUUCAUCUGCUGAACAGCAGCUCUGUGCUGUAUCGUAGAUGUUCCCUCAUGCAUAAUGUGUGGGUUUCUGGCUGCUUCCAUGUUCAGAUCUUGUUCUAUCCCUGAAGAAAUAACAAAAAUUACAAAUGGUUAGGUAUGUAUAAAAAUUUCAGUAUGUCUUUGAAAUGCUUCAACCAAAACAAUGAUCAGCCUUUCCCUAAUUGGGGGAAACUGCUCAUUUCUGUGGUAAUUCCAAGCCAGUGAGAGAAUUGGCAAUAACAUACACUUAUCUAGGCUAUGUAUGUUUAGGGAAGUUUUCUGACACUUGCUCUUGGGUGUAUCACCUUCAUCCCUGAAUCACCUUUUGUGGAGUAAAUGAAAACAGAUGGGAUCCUCUAUUGUUCAUGUACUUCAGGACAGGACACUGACUUUGUACUCUGAAUUCCUGCUUAGAAUAGUAGCUUCUCAGUGGCUGGCAGGAGAUUAGCAUCCUAAUUUAUGCACAGGAGUUAAGAGCACGAGGCAGGUAGCCUGAAUUCUUUCCCUUGUAUUCAAAAGAAAUAAUGAUUUACUCAUUACAUGUUUCUCUCUGAUUCAAAAACACUGCUUACUUUCUAAGAAACAGAAGCGCUAUUCACCAAAGAGCUCACUUCAGUUGAUAUGCAAUCUGAAUAUUUUAAGUUGGGUCACACUAAGCAGUAGCUCCAUAUAUUACAUUAAUCUUGCUAAGUCUUGGUGUCUUUGCUGUGAGCAGUCACUGCAGGAUCAUUUUGCCAAGUACCACUGAAACCUCCAGCUGCCUCUGUUGACAGCAUAAUGGUUGGAGUAGGCACUGGAAGGACUUCAGUUAGCUUGUGAGAUGGCUGAAAGGAUGUUUUUUGGCAAGCACUGGAUUACUCCAAGAAAGAGAAGACUGCCUUAAUCCUCAAAGAAUCAACAGCUAAGCAAAGGGGAAACGUACCACGGGAUCAGUCCUUGCACUCCAUAAGGGUGAACAUCUGAGUGAAGACUGAGACAUGAUAUGGCAAUGUAUUCUCCUGAGGAACACAGUAAAAGAUUCUGCCAUCUUGGUUGGGUCGGAAUCAAAAUAGUUUUGCUGCCACUGGAUUUGGAAUUACAAUAAUGAACAUAAGUAACAAUAAAUAAUAUUGUCAGAGUUGAUAACUAAUAUCCCUCGGCUGUUCAUCACUGCCAUUCUAGUUGAUUUGGAUGUUAGUAUUACAGGCAAAAUAAAUGUAGGUAUUACAGUUAACAGAGUAUAGGCCAUGAUUCAGUUGACCAGCCAGAUCACUGUUCAUGUUGUACACAGACAUGUUUAUUUGAAGUUUUUGCUUAAAAUCCCAUACAAUGCUUAACUCUGUGGUAAAUUCGGCAAAACAGCAUUUUAGACUUAGUCUAAAGUAUUAGUAGGACUCCUACUAAACAUUAGGUGGCAGUGUGGGGAAGGUAUUGCAUGACAAAUUUGUGUGUGUGUAUGAAAGAUAACCAGAGUCAAAGCUCCAGUUAUCACCAAUUGUUUAUUUUAAUGGAUUUUUUUAAACCUGUGCUUCCAGUAUCAUUAGGUUUGCAAGCAGAAAGUAGUUUGGUGAUAAAUAACAUUUAUCAUUUCUUUGUAUCCCAAAUAGAUAGAAACUGCAUCUAAGCAAAACAGUAAUCUGCAUCUGCUGGUUUGAAUCAUGUACAGCUUUUGAUGAUGUACCAAGAAGAUUUCAAGAACAACGUUUAAUGAGUCACAUCAUUAACAUUUAAUUUAUAAAAGUACAUUGUCUUCUGCAUAGUGAAGAUGCUACAGAUUUAAAAAUGUCUUUAUGCAGGAGCUAACCCGUUGUAAACAGGUACCUCAGUGAUGAGGUAGCUCAGUCUUGGCCUGAGUUUUACAUGCUUUAUAGUAUUCCUCAGAUGCUGCAUAAAGCUCCUCAGGAGGAAAAAUUCAAGCAAAUGCAUGAUCUUAAACUUCAGAAUGGUCUCUAGGCAAAUAAAAACAAACAGUGUUUAGAGGCACAUUACAUCUAAGCAAGUCAGUAAUGUACAGCAAAUAGUUCUUGCUUUACUGUACCAACAUUUAUCAACUAAUAAUUCACAUUAUAUACUGGAUAUAGCUCUAAUAAAGAAGUCAAAAACCAAA